AUGUGCGGUGGAACCAUGAUGGAGGGAGAUAAGCCCGGCUCGCUGCCCUCCUCUGACUCGCUUUCCAGUUGUUGUGGUGGGUCUGAAGGACCUGUGUUUUCGGAGCAGGUUCCUCCAAGAUCCAAGACCGGCCUUUCCACAGAACCAUCUCAGUCUGUGGAGCUCUCCGCAGCCGCACUCGCCCUGGACCCCUGCGGCUUCACCGACGGCGGCCGCUCCUCUUCUGUAGAUUUACACUGGGAGACCUCACCCACAAUCGCCAGCACAACCAGUCAGGGGCCGGCUUCCCCCAGGGAGGCAGGUGACCCACUCAGAGGGACAGGUCCAGAAGGGCCCCAGGGGUCACCUGACUCGGAGCCAAUCAGUGUGGAGAUGGAGGGAGUGCGGCGGCCCCCGGAGCUGGAGAAGACUAGUCACAGCGUCCACUACACGCUGCUGAUCGCCUGUGUGCUGGUGGCCUUCGUCCUGGGAGCCUUCCUCUCUGGGUUCCUGGUCUCCUGUUACUGUAACCACACAGGACACAAGACCAAGAAGCUGACCAAAGACCCCGAGGCCCCCAUCCCACACGCCCUCUCCCUGCGCAGCCUGGCUAAGCUCAACGGUCUCCUGGACAGUCAGAGUAAAGACGACAAGAUGGAGGUGUCCUCCCCAAAGAUCUACAACUCUCUGUUCGGCAGCAAAGAGCACCACCUGCAGCGCAGGAACCAUCACGCCGUGACCAUGGGCGACCUCAUGCACUCGCACCAUCACCACCUGCACCACUCCUCAGAGCUGUCCGGACUGCCCACUCCAGACUCCACCCCCGAGCUGCCCAUCAAGAGCAUGAAGGCUUUCAAGAACCAGUGGGAGAAGAACCAGAACUGCAACAACGCCAAAGACAAGUGUGCUCUGUCCCGGCCCAGCUCCGCCAUGCUGCCCCAGCAGGUCUUCUCCUACAGUCUGUCCAACGGCCUGCACCCAGACGACCGCAAGAUCCACAACGUGGAGCGAGUGCUGUCCCAGCCCUUCUCCUCGUACCCUCAGAAGGUCAUGGAGGUCACUUCUCUGGACGAGCUCCUCAAACACAUCCAUGAGGGGGGCAGCAGCAGUAAGCCCACCCAGCUUAUGAGCCCCUCCAGCCUCAUGGCCAGUGGAGGAGCAGGGCAGCUGGCCUUCUCCAACCGCAUCCAGCCGCAGAUCCCAGAGACUGAGUCUGCGGCGUACUACAGCUCGUCCACUCUGCCACGGGACAGCCUGACCAGGCGCAUGGACGUCCCCCCAGACAUCCCCACCCAUCAGUCUACUCUGGAGAGAAGACACGCCUCCCAGAGGCACUCGCUGCUCACUGCAGCCAGCAAGAUGGUGGCCAACGGAGGGGGAGUGAUCCCCCGCCAGCCCAGCUUCAGCAGGAGCCCUCACCAGCCCCCGCCUCAUUUGGCCCGAAUGAACUCCACAGGGAGCGGCUGCGAGGUCCACUACCCCCUCAUCCCUAACGGCUACCUGUCCCGCCAGCACAGCUACGCAGGGGACCAGGACAUGUCCCACAGAGGAGCCAUGGUGCGCCGGGCCACCUCCCUCAAACCAGACACUCCCCCAAAGCCCCUGUUCAUCCCAGCCUCCUCUCCUGUCAGCCAGCCUGGGAAGUUCAACUACUGA